AUGCAAAUUGCGCAGGCGCACUGUACUGUAAAGACGCGUAGAUAAUAGUACAAGACCAACUAACAAAAUCAUAAUAUCACGCACUCAAGUUAUUUAUUCAAGUAUUUUAUAGUAUGAAGACUACAGGCUAAAUUUCGAGCGGUGUUGCCAACCUUCACAAAACGUUUUAAGUUCUUGUAAAUUGUUUCCUGGGAUACCUAGCAAGCAGAUCCACUAAGUUUGGGUCGGUUUAGAUUAUUUAGCUAUUUUGUUGAUUUUUGAUGACCUGAAACACGACUUAGCAGCAAAUGGCACCGGACAAUCUCAAUUUCCUGCAUAAAUGAGUGAUUUUGGAAAAGCGAAUUUCAAAAGUGAAAUAAGAAAAACGAAAAAUCGGAGUAAGUCAAACGGCACGAUCAUCGUUUUUGAAAAUAUUUUCUACAAGCACAGACUACUGACUAUUAUAGACUAUAGUCAUGGUGACGAUGUAGAACAAUUGCAUUUAUCAGACGUCGAACAAAGAAUGAUUGCUGCGAAAUUCAUCCUGGAAGUUCCAACAAAAAGCAUAAUUAAAAGUGUUCGUGAUAAAAUGGCACUGGCUAUGAAAAGAAUCGAUUUAAUCAACAAAGAUGACAUCAGAAAUAUACAAGAUUUCCAUGGAUCACAUUUUGAUUUACACAUCAGGAUGAUUCAGCAAGUGUUCAUUUCUGGGUAUUAGAGUGUCAGGAAACUAGUGAAUUCAAUAUAGUUUUAUAUGCCCUAAGGUGUAAAAGCACAGGAAAAUCCAUCAUUGCAAGACAAAUAUUGUUGUUUAAUCAUCAGGAGUGCUGUACAUAAAGAAAUGCUUUUAAACUUUGGGUGCCAUAUAAUUGAGUGAUUUUGAGCUUAGUACUAUUUUCGUAACGGUUUUCCUCUAGCAUCUAUGUUUUAUAACAAGAAAUACCCUUUAACUUAUGAAAUAUUUUUAAGACCAUUAAGAAACAUGUUGGUAUAAUUAAGCCUAACGUUUUUAUGUCAGAUAUUACCAAUACCUUCUACAAUGCAGGAAGCCAAACAAUUGGAAGGGUUCCAAAUCAUUUACUAUGUUCAUGUUAAUAGAGGGUGGCAAUCAAAUCUUUAAAAAAAAUUCUAUCACUGAGAACAGGGCUUGGACUUAUAAAAUGUUAAAAGAACUUCAGAAUGUGCAAAUUUUUUGCAAUGCUUUAACAAUUUCUGAGAAAGAAUGUUUAAUGACGAUGACACAAAAGUCUUUGAAACUUAUUUUUCCUAAAACUAUGCUGGACAUUUUCAAUAAUGAUUUAAGUAAAAAUGGUAAAAGAAAAGUCUUGCUGUGCUAUCAAAUGUAGUUUUUGUAACAUUUGCUUACAUUCAUUUAUCUGUAGUUGUGUUAUUUAAUGAGGAAUAUAAGAGCAGAAAAAUAAUACAUUCCACUCAAUUCAA